AUGGUAUCACCAACGAAACCAUUUGCAUUUUAUGAAAAUCAAUCGCCCAAAGGCUUGGAUGUUGAUGUUAUUAAAACCUUUGCCCGAAAAUAUAAGCUGGAAGUCAAUUUCUUCGAAGCAAAUGAAACCUUCAAAGAAGUAUUCAGUACAGCCGAACAUACGGACACAUUUUUAAAGUCGAUAGAGUCCUUCUAUUAUCAAGAGAGUUUGACAUGGUGUGUCCAGCAAAGAAAACCGAUCCCCAUAUGGAAACACGUUUUCCAUUUAUGUAAAGAUCCGCUAGUUUAUACUGUAUUCUUCCUGGAGUGUUGUUUAAUUUUAUUCAUUGUAUCAUGGUUUCAACAAUGGGAACCAAAGCAAAGAGGUUGGGAUAUGCAUCAAAUUUUCUUUGAUGGAUUUCGUGGCAUGUUGGGUUUAUCGAUGAAUAUUAAUCCAAAACAUUUUACCUUUCGUAUGGGAUUUUGGUUCUAUUUAGUCUGUUCAAUGCUUUUUUCAAUUCAUGUCAGCACAUUCCUUAUAAAAGUUAAAACAAAUCCUAUUCUUGGUCCGCAAGUACAUUCGAUUCAAGAGAUAAUUGAUGGUGAAUUUACUUUGGUGGGCGAUCAAUUUACGCUUCGAAAAAUUUCACAAGAAAAUCAGUCCUAUCCAAUGCGAUCAUUGGAUCAAUUUAAAAUGGUUUACCAGCCAAGUGAUUACAUUGAUCAACUUGAAUGGAACGAUAAACUUGCUGUUGCGCUUUCUCGUGAACUAUCGCGGUCGCCAACUGGUAAAGACAAUGACUCAAGUUUGAAAAUCUACUGCUUUGAACAUCCUAAUAAUAUCUACGAGUAUCCAUUAAAAGUGUUGAUGCAUAAAAAAUUUUCUUACGCAAAGGAAUUGAAUACAUUCAUUCGGUUUGCCAGAGAGUGUGGUCUUAUUGAUAAAUGGCUAAAGGAAUAUCUACCGUUUGUGAAACCUUUAGCACUAUAA